CCAAACUGCCCCCCUUCACAUUCACCCCCGCCAUCCAUCUCUUGCUUGCACUCUAAGAAGAGGCACGGCAUCACAGCUCAACAGACAACAUGGACUCCUAUAUGCUCGAUGAUGAUGGCGUGCGCGAUCGAAUUCGCCAGGCUGAGGAGUUUCUGGACCCAAAAAACCCCCAGGUGCGGAGUUACAGAUCGGACAUCAUCCUGAUGCUCCAGAAGAACGAGCGCCGUUUGACCGUGAAUCUCGACCAUGUGCGUAGUCACAAUCCGGAUAUUGCACAGGGCUUGCUGCAACAGCCCUUCGAUUACACUCUGGCCUUCGAUCAAGCCGUCAAGAAGAUCGUCGAGACGCUCCCUCAGGCACGCCCCGACCAGACGGCCAGAGAUACUGUGUACUACUGUGCAUGGGCUGGAAGUUUUGGUCUUAAUGCCUGCAAUCCACGCACGCUAUCAUCGCAUCUCCUCAAUUACAUGGUCUCCAUCGAAGGCAUCGUCACCCGAACCUCCCUAAUCCGGCCCAAGGUCGUCAAGAGUGUGCAUUACAACGAGAAGAAGGACAAGUUCCAUUUCCGCGAGUACCAAGAUCAGACCAUGACCAAUGGAGUCACCACCUCCAGUGUUUAUCCCCGCGAAGACGACGAUGGUAACCCCCUCACCACAGAAUACGGAUUCUGUACCUAUCGAGACCACCAGACCAUAUCCAUCCAGGAGAUGCCAGAGCGUGCACCUGCAGGCCAGCUUCCGCGUGGCGUUGAUGUCAUUCUUGAUGAUGAUCUGGUCGACCGGGUAAAGCCGGGAGACCGUGUUCAACUCGUGGGUAUAUAUCGCACCCUCGGUAACCGGAAUACAAAUCACAACAGCGCUCUGUUCAAGACGAUGAUUCUGGCAAACAACGUGGUGCUUCUCUCAUCCAAAUCAGGCGGUGGUAUCGCAACAGCGACAAUCACCGAUACGGAUAUCCGCAACAUCAAUAAGGUUGCCAAGAAGAAGAAUCUACUAGACUUGCUGUCCCAAUCGCUGGCACCAAGCAUCUACGGCCAUGCCUACGUCAAGAAGGCAAUUUUGCUCAUGCUUCUGGGCGGCAUGGAGAAAAAUCUGGAAAAUGGCACCCAUCUGCGUGGAGAUAUCAAUAUUCUGAUGGUUGGCGACCCGUCCACGGCAAAGUCUCAAUUGCUGCGCUUUGUGCUGAACACAGCACCCCUCGCCAUAGCAACAACUGGUCGGGGAUCCUCUGGUGUUGGUUUGACAGCCGCUGUCACUUCCGACAAGGAAACAGGAGAGAGGCGACUGGAGGCUGGUGCUAUGGUCAUGGCGGAUCGAGGUGUCGUCUGCAUUGACGAGUUUGACAAAAUGUCCGAUAUCGACAGAGUUGCCAUUCACGAAGUCAUGGAGCAACAGACUGUCACCAUUGCCAAGGCUGGUAUCCAUACGUCCUUGAACGCUCGAUGCAGUGUCAUUGCCGCCGCCAACCCCAUCUUUGGCCAGUAUGACCCGCACAAAGACCCACACAAGAACAUUGCACUACCGGACUCCCUGUUGUCGCGAUUCGAUCUCUUGUUUGUCGUAACUGAUGACAUAGAGGAUACACGGGACCGUCACGUUUCUGAGCACGUCUUGCGAAUGCACCGAUACCGCCAGCCUGGGACCGAGGAGGGUGCGCCAGUCCGAGAACAGGGCACGCAAUCCCUAGGUGUAGCUAUCAGCAACCAGACCGACUCUCAAGGACCAACUGAAGUAUACGAAAAAUACGACGCUAUGCUUCACUCAGGUGUGACGGUAACCUCCGGGCGAGGCUCAAAUAAGAAGCCCGAGAUUCUGAGCAUCCCCUUCAUGAAGAAGUAUAUACAAUAUUCCAAGAUGAGAGUUAAGCCUGUCUUGACACAGGAAGCUUCGGACCGGAUUGCCGAUAUCUAUGUUGGCUUGCGUAAUGAUGAGAUGGAAGGUAACCAGCGAAGGACGAGCCCGCUGACCGUGCGUACCCUGGAGACCAUCAUUCGCUUAGCUACUGCGCAUGCCAAGUCCCGGCUGUCCAGCAGAGUCGAGGAACGCGAUGCUAUUGCGGCAGAGGGAAUUUUGAGAUUUGCCCUAUUUAAGGAGGUUGUCGAGGACGAAUCCCGGAAGAAGCGCAGGAAGACUCAGCCUGUCGACUUUGGUUCGUCCAGUGAGGAGAGCGACGACGAGGACGGCGAGGACGGCGAUAAAGCCAAUAGCGGGGCUCGGUCGACAGGGACACCAUCACGAUCAACACGAGCAAGCGCCCGCUUGCAGGCGGGCACAUCGCACUCUUCGCGCGGCGCAGAAGAUGCGUCUGGUGAGGGAAUGGAUGACGACAAUGAAGAGAACAGCGCCCCUGGGCCUACGCCACGUCGGUCCGGGAGAGUGGGACAGAGAUCAUCCCAAUCACAAACUUCAUUCGCAUCAUCCAUACCUUCUUCUCAGUUACCCUUACAGACGCAAGUGGAGUCGCAAGAAGAGGAUGAGCUCGCCAGUGGUACGGCCGGGUUAGCGAUUGACGAUGCGCCUAUCACGAUUGAGCGCCUCUCUACAUUCCGCGCGGCUUUAGGACAGCUGCUCAGUACUGAUCUAUUUGAGGACGACUCGGCCGAGUUGGGUGCUGUUGUCAAGGCCGUCAACCAUAGGGUUGGAAAUCGCGACGGCGGCGCCUUCGGUAAGGAGGAGGCCACCAAAGCCCUCAAGAAGAUGGAAGAAGCAAACCAAAUCAUGUUUACCGAUGGAAAUUUGGUCUACAAAAUCUAAUGACGGGCCAUGAUGAGUAUGAACUGGUUGUUUGAUAGAAGCUAUGAGUGUGAACUACCUGUUUAAUGGAAACCAUGGGUGUGAACUGAGACUCCUAGAA